CCAUAGAGUCCAAUAGGGUCCCUAUAUCUUCUAAUGGGGACCCCAUAACAUCAAACAACCCCCCUGUAGCAAAGCGGGACCCCACAGCGCCCCCUGCUGGGCGCCCCAUAGAACGACGGGACCCCAAAGGGUCCAAAUGGAUCCCAAUGGCCGUCAAUGGGGACCGGGAAGAGACGGAGAGGGACCCAGAGUCCCAAAGGAGAGACCCCAUAACAGAACCGGACCCUACAACAGAACCGGACCCUACAGCAGAACCGGACCCCAGACCCACAGAUGAAGACCCAGAACCGAACCUCAGCUCACCCUACAUGGCACAAUGGGACCCUGCUCCCCCUAUGGAUCAAGACCUGAACUCACCAGCACCGAACCCCAAACCAGAACUGGACCCCAAACCAGAACCAGACCCCAGACCCACAAAUGAAGACCACCCCAUAGUGGAACCGAACCUCAGCUCACCCUACAUGGCUCAGUGGGACCCUGCUCCCCCUAUGGAUCAAGACCUGAACCCAAUAGAACCGAACCCACCAGCACCGGACCCCAGACCCACAAAUGAAGGCCACCCCAUAGCGGAACCGAACCUCAGCUCACCCUACAUGGCACAAUGGGACCCCACAGCCCCUAUGGAACAAGACCCGAACCCACCAGCACCGGACCCCAUAACAGAACCGGACCCCAGACCCACAAAUGAAGACCACCCCAUAAUAGAACCGAACCUCAGCUCAGCCCCUGGGAGACCCUACAUGGCACAAUGGGACCCUACAGCCCCUAUGGGUCAAGACCCGAACCCACCAGCACCGAACCCACCAGAACCAGACCCCAGACCAGAACCGGACCCCAGACCCACAGAUGAAGACCCAGAACCGAACCUCAGCUCACCCUACAUGGCACAAUGGGACCCCACAGCCCCUAUGGAUCAAGACCUGAACCCACCAGCACCGAACCCACCAGCACCGGCCCCCAGACCCAUUGUAGCCGCCGACACCCCCCUCCCUCCUCCAUUGGAAGCCAUGUUGGCCGCCGUUGCCUCCAGCCCGGUCCGUAUCCGCAGCCAACAACAAGGGGACCCGGAGCUGACGGUGGCCGAGCGGCUCCGUGAUUUACGGGCUCUUUUCCUUCACAAACCCCUCGUGUUCCUCGAGCGUUUCCACGGGUCCCUGCGGGUCGAGCACCUCCAUUGCUUCAACCACCUCCCCCCGUCCUACGAGCUCAGCUUCUAUUGCGGGAGGAUAAAGGGACGGAAACAACCGGGAUUGGAAAGUGAUGGGAACAAGAGGUGGAAUAAAAGGAGGGGAGAUAGAACCAGGCUGAGGAACAGGAGAUACGCGGCGCUGAGGCAGCUGAUUGCAGGUGGGAUUAGGGGGGCUUUAGGUUCUUAUAGGGGGGCUGAGGGGGAAAUGGGGGUCUUUGGGGUCCUCCAGACCCCUCCCCUUAUAUCCAAGACCCCUUCCCAUAUCCACGACCCCUCCCCAUAUAUCCAGGACCCCUUCUCCUAUAUCUAA